AUGCUGUAUCUCACAAAAGACCUCUUCCCGGUCUUUGUCCCCCUAGGAGUGGUAGGUUUCUACCGCUACCUCUGGUUCACGAUCAAGCUCCUAGCCUACUUCUUCUACCGGCCCAUGCUCCCCAAGCCCAACCCAACCUACCGCGCCGAAUACGACGUCACCAUCAUCGUACCGACCAUCGACGCCGGAGAAGAGUUCAAGGAAGCUGCCUACUCCUGGCUCGCCAACAACCCCAAGGAGAUCAUCAUCAUCACCGAGACCAAAAUGAAGGAUGCACUUCAGGAGCUUGCCAAUUCUGUAGAUCCGUCCAGAAUCCGGGUGUUGACGGUCCCCAAAGCGAAUAAGCGGUUGCAAAUGGUCGAGGGGAUCCGGAAUACGACUAGUGAGAUUAUUGUCUUUGCAGAUGAUGAUGCGAUCUGGCCGCCGACUUGUUUGGAGUAUAUCUUGGCUUGUUUUGAGGAUCCGAAUAUGGGCGGGGUGGGGACUUCGCAGACGGUCAAGUCUGUGGGGAGGUACCAGACGGUGUGGGAGGUUUUGGCAGGGUUUCGGUUGACGAUUCGGAAUAUUGAGAUUGCAGCUUCGACGCAUAUCGAUGGUGGGAUCUGUUGUUUGUCCGGGAGGACGGCUGCGUACAGAACUUGUAUCCUUCAGGACCCGCAGUUCCAGUAUCAGUUUACACAUGAUUUCUGGCUGGGCAAGUAUCCUCUCAACUCUGGCGAUGAUAAGUUCUUGACGAGGUGGAUGGUGUAUUAUGGCUGGAACACCUAUGUCCAGAUCUGUAAGGAGGCCGAGCUGUUGUCGACGUUCAAGAAUAAUUGGCGGUUUGUCAAGCAGGUCCUGAGGUGGACUCGUAAUACGUGGCGGUCAGAUUUCCGGUCCCUGUUCACCGAGCGCGUUAUUUGGAGCCGACAUCCCUACGUCGCCUUCACAAUGGUAGACAAGAUCUUCAACCCCAUCACCCUCCUCUCAGGUCCCAUAUCUGUCAUGGUCAUGGCGAUCGAGGGCAAGUUCCAUCUGCCGCUGUGGGAUAUUCUCAUCUCCUACCUUGUCUGGUUGAUGCUCACCCGCGUCAUCAAGCUCCUCCCACAUCUGUUCAAGCGCCCCCAGGACGUCAUCUGGGUCCCGGCCUUCCUGAUCUUCGGUUACUACUUCGCCAUCAUGAAGGUCUACGCCGUCUUCACCCUACACGAGGUCGGCUGGGGAACCCGCGCCGGUAUCGACCAGACCCCCGCCGAGCUGGCCCAAGAGAAGGAGAAACAACAAUUGGAACAACAACAACUACAGGAUCAACUCGAGAAGGCCACCUACGACAAUGGUCGUACUCAACCCUUACAAGGUCACCAGGCUGCCGAACAGGCCGCCCUUGCAGCAGCAGCUGCCGCCGCGACUGCAACACAAUACGAACGGCAAUACCAGCCACCGACACGAUCAUUCACAAGCGAGCCGCCUCGCCCCGGUUCUCCUGGAAGUGCAGACCUCAUCCGCCACUUCAGUCAAGCCCAAGAGCGUCAAGCAAGAGCUGCUGCUGCCGCAGCCGCCGCAGCGUCGGGUGUUGGUACUGGACGUUCCCAUGGACGGUUGGAGGGUGUUAAUGAAUUGGAAAAUCACGACACAGAUCCGGAUGUGUACGAGUACAACCAAGACGACGAGCUGGCUCAGUUCUUUGCCCAGUCGGAUGCCGCCCUGGCCACGAUGCACGCCAAUGAGUCCUAUGGAGAGUACUCUGGCGAUCAGGAUGGACGCAAUGGUGGACCAGGCCAUACUUCGGCAGCCGCGCGGGGGAACCCUGGAGGCUACCUGUAA